AUGUCAACCACCAACGAUGUCCCCAUUGAGGUCUCCAAGUCCUUCGACACCAUCCUUGUCUUGGACUUUGGCUCGCAAUACUCCCACUUGAUCACCAGAAGAUUGAGAGAGUUCAACGUCUACGCAGAAAUGUUGCCAUGCACCCAAAAGAUUGCUGAGUUGUCGUGGACCCCUAAGGGUAUCAUCUUGUCUGGUGGACCCUACUCCGUGUACGCUGAAGGUGCCCCACACGUCGACCACGACAUCUUCAAGUUGAACGUGCCAAUCUUGGGUAUUUGUUACGGUAUGCAAGAGUUGGCCUGGAUCAACGGUAAGGGUGUUGCCCGUGGAGAAAAGCGUGAGUAUGGUCCAGCUACCUUGAACGUCGAGGACGCCGAAUGUCCAUUGUUCAAGGGUGUUGAUCACUCUCAAGUUUGGAUGUCCCACCACGACAAGUUGCACGCCUUGCCAACUGGUUUCAAGGCAGUUGCCACCUCCACCAACUCUCCAUUCGCUGCCAUCUCCAACGAAGCUGAGCACAUCUACGGAAUCCAAUUCCACCCGGAGGUCACCCACACCACCCAAGGUAAGACCAUGUUGAAGAACUUCGCAGUCGACAUCUGUAAGGCCACCACCAACUGGACCAUGGAAAACUUCAUCGACACCGAAAUCGCUAGAAUAAGAAAGUUGGUUGGCCCAACUGCCGAGGUUAUUGGUGCUGUUUCUGGAGGUGUUGACUCCACCGUGGGUGCCAAGAUCAUGCACGAAGCUAUUGGCACCAGAUUCCACGCCAUCUACGUCGACAACGGUCUCAUGAGAUUGAACGAGACCGAAACUGUCUACAAGACCUUGACCGAGGGUUUGGGCAUCAACUUGACUGUUGUCGAUGCCACUGACUUGUUCUUGGGCAGAUUGAAGGGUGUCACUGACCCAGAAAAGAAGAGAAAGAUCAUUGGUAACACCUUUAUCCACGUCUUCGAAGAUGAAGCUGCCAAGAUCAAGCCAGCCUCCGGCCAGGAAAUCGAGUACUUGUUGCAAGGUACCUUGUACCCCGAUGUCAUCGAGUCCAUCUCGUUCAAGGGCCCAUCUCAAACCAUCAAGACCCAUCACAACGUCGGUGGUUUGUUGGAAAACAUGAAGUUGAAGUUGAUCGAGCCUUUGAGAGAAUUGUUCAAGGACGAAGUCAGAGAUUUGGGUGAAUUGAUGGGUGUUCCUCACGACUUGGUCUGGAGACACCCAUUCCCUGGUCCAGGUUUGGGUAUCCGUGUCUUGGGUGAAGUCAACAAGGAACAGCUUAAAAUCGCCAGAGAAGCCGACGCCAUUUUCAUUGAGGAAAUUAAGGCUCACGGUUUGUACAAGGAAAUCUCGCAAGCUUUGGCUGCCUUGUUGCCUGUCAAGUCCGUUGGUGUUAUGGGUGACCAAAGAACCUACGAACAAGUUAUUGCCUUGAGAGCCGUCGAGACUGUUGAUUUCAUGACUGCUGACUGGUACGUUUUCGAGGCCAAGUUCUUGAAGAAGGUUGCCUCCAGAAUCGUCAACGAGGUCGACGGUGUCGCCAGAGUCACCUACGACAUCACUUCCAAGCCUCCUGCCACUGUCGAAUGGGAGUAA